CCAAGCCCAAUAUCCACAUUGUAGCCCUAUUUGUAUAAGUUAACUAAUCUGACCCAACUCUCCGUCACUCAUACGGCUGCUCACAAACCCUAAUUAGGGUUUUCUCAUACAGAAGUGAAUUUUUGAAGUUAACAAAGAGAAGUAUUUGAGCCAUGAGUAAGCUACAGAGCGAGGCCGUCAGAGAAGCCAUCUCUGCAAUUAAGAAUGAUUCAGCUGAGAAGAAGAGAAAGUUCUCUGAGACUAUUGAGCUCCAGAUUGGGCUUAAGAACUAUGAUCCCCAAAAGGACAAGCGUUUCAGUGGAUCCGUGAGGUUGCCUCACAUUCCACGACCUAAGAUGAAGAUUUGCAUGCUUGGAGAUGCUCAGCACGUCGAGGAGGCUGAAAAAAUCGGUUUGGAGUACAUGGAUGUUGAAAGCCUCAAGAAGCUUAACAAGAACAAGAAGUUAGUUAAGAAGCUUGCAAAGAAGUACCAUGCUUUCUUGGCUUCAGAAUCUGUCAUCAAGCAGAUUCCUCGUCUCUUGGGUCCUGGUCUGAACAAGGCAGGUAAGUUUCCCACUCUCGUUACCCACCAGGAGUCGCUUGAGUCUAAGGUGAACGAGACCAAGGCUACCAUCAAGUUUCAGUUGAAGAAGGUGCUUUGCAUGGGUGUUGCUGUUGGAAAUUGUGAUAUGGAGGAGAAACAAAUCUUCCAGAACGUGCAAAUGAGUGUUAACUUCUUAGUGUCGUUGCUAAAGAAGAACUGGCAGAACGUAAGAUGCUUGUACUUGAAGAGCACCAUGGGGAAGACUCAACGUGUCUUUUAAGAUCAUUUGUCUCUUUUUUGGAGCUUUUCGUGCAUUCUGCUUGUAAGAGCUACUGAUAAAAUUUUUGGAUAGUCAUCAUCCUUCAUUAUGUUUUGAAUGUUAUAUCAUUAUAGGGAUCAUUUUGCUGAGACAUUUUCUUUUUCAAGCGGUAUUAGCUCUGUUCUUUGUUCUCUUAUUUAUCGGUGACAAUUUCUUUUGCAUGAUAUUCUGUAUUCAGUAUUCAAUACUAUUCACUAUGUUUAGUAGUUGUAUUUCACUUGGUCAGA